UUUUUCUGAAACGUAUUCUUGCCAACCAAUCACAAGUAGCUCGAUUUUUCCAGUAGAGUGAGGUUUUUUAAUGUGUAGUUUUUAAUAAUAACAUGUAAAUUGUAAUUUAUUUGAAGGUGAUAACAGAGUUCCGGCUGUAGUUCUAUUAGUCGGUGAACGUAGUUUUGGAUCGUUAAGUGUUGUUGUUAUAAAUGCAGGUCGCUACUCUCUUUAGAGAGGCUGCCACGCUUCUUGGAGCUACAAUGGAAGCACCUGAAGGGCCUGGCCUCAAAAUGUCUGGGUACAAUGAUGGAACACCCAUAAUGAAGACGGAACCCCAACACUAUGCAGACGGGACACCCAUGAUGAAGACCGAACCCCAACACUAUCCGGAAGGCCCUGGAGUACUGAAGCAAGAGCCUAACGAUGAUGGCUACGAAACCAGUGGAGAUUUGGAUUUAAGGGCCCAGAACGAAGUCAACAAAAUGAUGAACAAUACAAACUCGUUACAUCAACAGAUGUCCCAACAUCUCCCACAGAUGGCACACCAGCAACACCAACAACCUCUACCUCAUCAUCAGAGUAUGUCUCAACAUCCUCAACACCAACAACAUCCUCAGCACCCCAUUCCACAGCAUCCUCAGCAACCCAUGCCCCAACAUCCCCAACAACCGAUCCCACAACACCAACAACAUCCCCACGCCCAUCAUCACCCCCAUGCUCAUCCUCAUAGCCAUCCUCACUCCCACCCUCAUCCUCACUCACACCCUCAUGCCCACAUGCAUCACCAUCCCCAUGUCUUGCAAGGUGGCAGUGUUAUCAAGUACGAGAUGCAGGAAGACCCGUACAGCUUUGUAGAUGAAGAUCGCAUGCCUAUGCAGGCCAUGCAAUGUCCACCUGUCGUAAUGCAGCAGGUGCCAAAGAAGCGUGGUCGUAAGAAAAAAGUUAAACCAGAAGAUCAGCAGUUACAACAACAACUUCACGGAGGGAUGGUUUAUCCUGACAACAUGAUGAAUCCUCUCCAGAUGAAACCUCUCAAGGAUCCGACUGUGAAAGCAUUCAAGGAACGCAAGAAGCAUGACAGGUUCAAUGGGAUGCCAGAAGAAGAAGUAUCUAAAAGGACAUUACCGGAUCAUCUAACUCAGAAUUUGGAUAUAGUGAUUAUUGGUAUAAACCCAGGAUUGUUUGCUGCUUACAAGGGUCACCACUAUGCAGGUCCAGGAAACCAUUUUUGGAAAUGCUUGUACCUAUCUGGGUUAACUCCUGAGCCCAUGACAGCAGAUGAUGACUACAAGCUAUUGAAGGUUGGCAUUGGUUUCACAAAUAUGGUGGAAAGAGCUACUAAGGGAAGUGCAGAUCUCACCAGGAAAGAAAUUAAAGAAGGAAGCCAAAUCCUUCUAGAAAAGCUGCGAAAGUUCAAACCUAAAAUAGCAGUAUUCAAUGGAAAGCUUAUAUUCGAAGUGUUUUCUGGGAAGAAAGAUUUCAGUUUUGGUAGACAGCCUGAACUGGUGGAUGGAACUAAUACGUACAUGUGGGUGAUGCCGUCCUCCAGUGCGCGGUGCGCUCAGUUGCCCCGAGCGGCAGACAAGGUACCGUUUUAUGCUGCACUCAAGAAAUUCCGUGACUACUUGAAUGGACUUGUGCCGGAAUUAGAUGAGAAAGAAAUAGUGUUUACUUACUCUAAACUGAAAAACUUUUUUGAACCCGAUGUGAAAGAAGAGCCCAAGGACGGGCAACUGUGUAAUUACGGGGGAUACAAUGGGCGCAUGGGUGAUGGCUUAACGGACUUAACUAAUUCUGUGAUCAAGAAAGAAAAUGGAGAAGAACAACCGAGUGGUCCUCCCAAAAAGAAGCGAGGUAGACCUAAGAAAAUCAAAGUCGAAGGUGAAGCACCCCCUGAGAAGAAGGAAAAACCUCCGAAAGAAGUUCUUGAUAAAGACGGCAAUGUCAUACCAAAGAAGAAAAGGGGCCGUCCAAAGAAAAUCAAACCGGAAGUAGCAAACAAUACGACGACAGAGCAACAGCAACCUCAACAGUCACAGAGUAACAGCAGUACACCUGUUGCAAGCACACCUCAGACUGCCUCACAUACUCCCAACUGCUUCUCUCCUCCGAUACAGUCACCCAUCAACCUGUGCCAGCAGGGUUUCUCACAGAUGUAUAACAACCAAUCUCAUACGUACAAUCAGAACUCAUCACAGUCACCUCUGUCCAGCCACACCUUCCACCAGUCUCCCAUGCAGUCUCACGGCUACAACCAGUCGCCCCAACCACCCUCGUUCACCCACUCGGACCUGUCAUCAGAGAUAAGUGCAGCGAUAUCGUCGGAGCAGAAUAUCGGCUCUCGUUCUCCUAAUUCGUCUAGUCUGGGGGGGCCUCCAGAUUUUGAACCUGCUGCCACUUUACAAGAAGAAAAUAGUAAAAGUUCCUCAGACAUAAAGGAAGAAAAUAUCGAUAACCAUAUGGAUUGUCAUUUUUCAAGUCCUGCUCCAUCCAAAAAGAAAUCCCCUGAUUUAAACUAUCAGAACUACGAUGAGUUUUCUGGUGAUUCUGAAACUAAUACAUCUGUGAGGUAUCCACAGAGACCAUCAUCUGGGUUCGCUCCAAAACCAGUAAUAAAUCAGGAUGUAGCAUCAAAGAGCUUAUCAGGAUUGGAAUCACUAGUGGAUCAGAUUCCGAAUAUCGGUGACGGUGAGACACCUCAUACAGUAGUGAGCGGAGAAGCGAUGGAGAGUGCUCCAUCUUCAGGUGGUGGUGGGCAGUUCAGUGAAGACUCUGCUUAUCUUUCGGACUACCCUCGAGUGUCUCACUACAGCCCUCAAUACCCUUCUGCAGUUCCUACCACAUGCAACACGUACACAUCCCCGUCUCCAAGCAUGAACUUUUCUGUGACUUCGUUGGCGAAUAGCAGUGCCACGAGCAACAACGAGACCCCAGGAUCCUUCUCCGUCACCAGCCUGGCUUCCAACUAUAACACAAGUCAUACGGUCACUUCAUCCUACCCUAACUUGAUGGGACCACCUCACCCUAUGGGCUCUCAUCACGUAAUAGACUCGUUUGGCGGUGGGCUUGUCGACCGCACUUGCAGGAUAGGCUCUCCCAUGGAACCUCUUUCAAACAUGAGUGGGGUCAACAUGUCGGUUCCAUAUCCUUACAAUCAGUAUUCUAGCCCUUAUCCUGGUGGCCCUCCCGCGGGCUUCCCUUACUCACCCUCCCACAACAUUCAUGUACCUAGUCCCAAUUUUCCUUACCCGUCUCCCUACUCUAAUUCUGGAUAUCCUCAGUCCAGUUAUCUGCAAAGUCAUGUUUUCGAUAGAAUAAAAAAUGAAAGAAUGGAUAUUGGGUUUGGAGGUUUCUGAUAUGCUUGAUUUGCCUGUCAGUAGUUUCAAGAAGACCCCAUCACUAGCAAGACUGCUUACAGUUCAAGCGCUUUAAGUUCUUUUGUAAUUAUAUAUUACUUUAAUGUCUUUUACUUUAUAAGUGUUAUUGUUAUUACAUAUGUAUUUGUUUACGGUAUCCAUUCGGGUGUUUCAAAGUCCUAUCUGCUAUAUAUUCCUCCGUUUUAGUAGAUUAACAUUUACUUUUGUUAGGGAACCAAAACGUAAAUGUAAGAAUUAUUAUUUACUUGUUUGAUGUCUCCCUUUCUUCUUAGCAGUUGAGGGUUGUAGUAAUUUUUGGUUUGUGUGAUGGAUGGAUUCCAGUUGGGUCAGACAUAUACUGAAACUGAAAAUGUUUAAAAAAAAGGCCAUACUCUCUAAAAAUAACACACUAUUUAAUGAAUAGGGCUUCAACCUAAUAAGUAAAGGACUAAAUUUUAGAAAUGUUUUUAACAAGCAAUGGGUAAUAGAAAAGUAAUAUAAAUUAUUUGUAUGCUUUAAAAUUUGUUAUGAUAAUUAGUUUAAUUUCAAACUUAAGAGCUAGGUUUAUUUAGCUAAUAAUUGAUAAAAGCUAAUCAAUAAUAUUUCUGCUCCCUAACAAUUAAAAAAAAAAUUACAAUAGAAGAAAAACAAUAAGUUAAACAAAGAAGUCGGUAUCAAAUCAACAAAAAAGUUAAUAUCCUAUGAUAAAGGAAUGAUUGCAUCUUGUACUUUUUGGUCAUCGUUUGGUUAACCUUUAGUCAAUUAUGAUACAGCUCUGCUUUUCUCAACUCACCUGGAUAUGGAUUACUGGUAGUUUUGGUUUCACAUCAGUUGACUGAAUAUAGUUCUUCACAGCGAUACUGAAAUAUCUCUGGAUUCUGUUGACAAUCUUACAGUGCAGUGUUGUAAAUCAGAAAUAUCAGUAAUUGGCCAAAACCUGAUCAGGUUUACUGGCCGAAACAACAGUAGUUAACCUCUAUUCUCCAUUCAUAAUAUUUUUUUUUUAACUUGUCCUUUCUAAAUGCAAAUUGAGACCCUACUGGCGUGAUGUACUUGUACCUCUCUCUAUACAUCAGCACCGUCUCUGGCACCUAGAGGGUUAUAUCACAGUACCUGCCUAUUUAUAGUAGACUACAUAUUGUUAACCCUCUGAGUCUCAAGACAAUGAUGAGGUAUUUCUGUAAAGCACUUGUUUCUCUCUAAUAGCAUCAUUUUUGGUACCCAGAGUGUUGUAAGAUAAUAGCUGACUAUUGUACAGAGUAACCCUUUGAAUCUAAGAGGGUGAAGGAUGUCUAUAGAGCAGCUAUCCCUCUCCAAUAGCAUUGUCUCUGAUAACCAGAGAGUUGUAAGAGAAUAACUGACUAUUGUACAGAGUAACCCUUUGAAUCUAAGAGGGUGAAGGAUGUCUAUAGAGCAGCUAUCCCUCUCCAAUAGCAUUGUCUCUGGUAACCAGAUAGUUGUAAGAGAAUAACUGACUAUUGUACAGACUAACCCUUUGAAUCUGAGAGGAUGAAGGAUGUCUAUAGAGCAGUUAUCCCUCUCCAAUAGCAUUGUCUCUGGUAACCAGAGAGUUGUAAGAGAAUAACUGACUAUUGUACAGACUAACCCUUUGAAUCUAAGAGGGUGAAGGAUGUCUAUAGAGCAGUUAUCCCUCUCCAAUAGCAUUGUCUCUGGCACCCAGAGCGUUGUAAGAGAAUAACUGACUAUUGUACAGAUUAACCCUUUGAAUGUGAGAGGGUGAAGGAUGUCUAUAGAGCAGUUAUCCCUCUCCAAUAGCAUUGUCUCUGGCACCCAGAGAGUUGUAAGAGAAUAACUGACUAUUGUACAGACUAACCCUUUGAAUCUAAGAGGGUGAAGGAUGUCUAUAGAGCAGUUAUCCCUCUCCAAUAGCAUUGUCUCUGGUAACCAGAGAGUUGUAAGAGAAUAACUGACUAUUGUACAGACUAACCCUUUGAAUCUAAGAGGGUGAAGGAUGUCUAUAGAACAGUUAUCCCUUUCCAAUAUCAUCUCUGGCAACUAGAGAGUUGUGAAAAUGACUAUUGUACAGAUGGUUAACACUCCGAAUCAGAAAAAAGCACUUGUCACUCAGCAGUAUCAUUGUCUGUAGGAUCCAGAGUGAUAUGUGGGAAAGCCACUCAGGCAGUAAGAAGAACUUUUCCACCUCACCCUUAAUUUAUUAUUUGGAUAUAUUGUGGGUCUAACUUCCAUAAUUACAAAGUUAAAACAUUAUUUCUUUUUUAUAUUGUUUCAAUAAACAUAUUUAAUAUCAAGGCUUAGUUGUAGUAAAAUUAAAAUUUAAACCGUACCACGGUUUGGAUUACAAUUUUUGAUGAAUUCUAUUAUGUUCUGUAAAAUGUGCACAAUUGAAACCAGAAUGUGUUAUGUGUACAUUGUCUUUCUCUCCAACCUUGGAGGUAUAUAUGAAGGAACAACUACACAGGUUUAACUCUUGUCUUGCACCAUUCUUAAUGUGGUUGUUUAAGUAUAAGAAGGAAGGGAGGACAACUAGAACUGGAGGAAUUACAAGCUAGUGCUGUAGGACUUGGACAGUCUUCUCGGAGUUGUUCUGUACACAAGUGUAUAUGUACUUACGAAUUUUAUUGUUUCCAUUGAUAUAGCAAGAUUUAGUCAUCAGCUCGGACCCAGCUUAAUUCCAUAGUCAAUAUAUUUGCUCAAUACAUUGAUUUUAACUAAUUAUGAAACUAUUUUUCAAAAUUAUUGAUUAUUUUCAAUUCAGAUUGAGUUUUAUUUGUUAACUUUGCACAUCUACAUCGCCAUUGCCACUGUGUCACAGAGUACAAAGGUUUUUCGAAUUACUUAACUAAUUAUAGCCCAAUUAUAUAUAAAUUGAAUGUAUAUUAGUAUUAUGAGAGAGAAUAACUUUUGAGCGAGUUUGAAUUUUUUUAGUAGUAGAUAACUCGAUUGUUGAGUAUGAUUUUAUUUAAUAUUUUCCCUACAAAUACCCCUCUUAUGCCAAAAAUUUUCAAAGCUGGUUGUACAAGCUUCGAAAGUUAUUCUUCAUUCCUCGGAGCAGAAAGUACCCGAUUCUCUGCCAGUGAUAUUCAUUUGAGGUCAAUACAUGAAUUUAAUCAGCUGCCUGUUCUUAGUUCUCUUAUACAAGUCAGUAUGUAGAUAUGGAAAAUUCAUAAAAAAUGUAAACAUCGACGAACAAAAUUAGCGGAGUCCUUUGUUUAUUAAAUUGAAAUUUUGCUUACUUAAGUAAUUUGAAGCUGAGUCUGAAAUUCAAACACCCUCAAAAUUUGGCUGUCUAUUGUACCAGUUAUUUCCCAAUUAUUUAUUGUAAAUAUACGUCGAACAUUGUACAACUUGUCUUCCAUUUGCUUUGUUUGUUAAACGCUUUCUCUGUGGAUUUAAUUCUAAGUAAUUGAAUGAGAAAUGUGUCUAGUAACUUAGCUUUAAGUUAACAAUUAAAUAGUUGUAGUUGAUUUGUAAUUAUUAUUAUUUAAUGAUUGUAUAUCAUUAACCAGACCAGCUGGUAGUUCGCUGAGUCAUGUAACAAAACGUUUGCUUUUUUGUUUCUCACUUAAGAAGUUUCUAAACAAAAUUUCCAUAUGUAAAUGCAUAUUUUUACGUAACAUAAAUACAAGCUUACAAAUUAGUAUUAAUUCGUAUAGUCUUGAGUUCUAGGUUUUAUUUGGUUUACGACUAGUUGUUUACGUAAGUGCUGUUAGUAACUGUAUAUAUAUAAUUUGCUUCUAUCUGGUUUAUUAAAUUCACGAAAUGUAAAUUACCUGUUCUCUCGUUAUACAGCUUGUAAGCUGUGACUGAUAUUUGUUGUUGCGUUGCAAUCCUUAAAUAGGUUAUUUCACAUUUAGUUAACAAAUCUACUGAUCAUUAGCUGUAUAAAAAUGAUUAGCUCAAAUAGGGCAAUAACAUUCUUUAGUUGUACGACUAAGAUAAUACCUUAACGUGUUCAUAGAGUUUAAGUUGAAUAACUUUAAGUUCCUGUUUAAAUUUAUAAUGAUCAAUCGUGGUCGGUUUGGAUAGUACAGUUUCCUUUAUAUCUCACACGUUACCGUGGGUGUGCGAUCGACUUUGUAAAUGAAAUCCGAGUACAAGGUCAUCGCAUUUAAUAUAUUACAUCACAAACUAUUUACGUAUUUGUGUUAAAUUAUCGAACGCUCUCAUAUCAACCAGUACAACCAGUGAGUUGAAUAAUAUUUAUUGAACCUUGGAAGUAUUAAGUUUGUAUGCGUGAAGGUAAGCAAAAGGUGUAACUUAACCUCUAAAGGGAGAUUGAUCUAGUCAAAAUAUAUUCGUGGAACGUGUAUUUGUGUAGUACGGCGUAGCUGAUGAAUAUGAGUGCAAUACUGUAUUUCUAUUAUAAUAUCAUCAGAAAAUUUGUAAUUCUACUGACUGGCUGCUUUGUUUUUGCUUAUAGAAUAUGAUAUAGACUGUCAACAUUACUGAGGUGCUGGCUAUUAUGUUUUGUUUAUACAUAUAUAUAUAUAUAUAUUUAAUAGUUAUAAUUGUUGAUAACUAUGAGAAAUUUUUUUCGUUUAUAACAAGCCUGUGUAAAUAUUUUAUUGUUUCGGAUGCAUCUUAAAAUGAUAUGUUAUGCUUUAUGGAACAUAAUUUUGUUACAAUUCAAGUCCAAGGCAAACUUCUACUAGUCAAAUUCGAGGUACAAACAAAGCAAUCAGUCAAUAAUAAACGUAACUCCUGUUUCUAGUUGAGAUAUACCACAAAUAAUUAUUUGUUAAUUUAUUUAGUAACAGGAAAUUAUCGUUAUAGAUUUAACUUCGAGAAUUCCUGUUUAUUGAAGCUUUAUUGUUUUGGAGGCGUGACAAUAAUUUAGUUAGAUAUAUAAUUUAGUUAUAUAUGUAUAUCAUGAUUUUAAUUUUAAUUUUUAUAAUAUUUAUUUGUUAUUAUCACUCCCAUUUAUGUUGUUACCAUCACAUUUCAAUUAGUGCUGAUUGUUUCUAUAUACAAUUCUAAUUGUUAUUUUGUUAUUAUAUUUGCUCGUGUUAUAGUUUUUUUUUUAGUUUAUUGUAAACUGUUGUGAUUACAAUUACACUUGCUGUACAAGAUGUAUGUACAAAUUUUCUGUGUGAGGCAUGUUGUUAUCUUUACUGGUUUUAUUUAUACACUUUUAAAAGUUAAUAUCUCAAAGAACUGUUUUAAUGUUCAAAGGAAAUAUACAAGGUAACUUAGAUGAAUUUCAAAAAGGAAUGUUGAACUUUCAACAAGCCAAAACUAGGCUGAGGACAGUAAAUGUGCAAUGUUCAAUCAACUUUUAUUUGAUUCUUCCCUUACCAAAGAUUACAGUGUGUCCAUGAUUAUUUUCUUGUGUCUGUCUCGUAGACCUUCCAACCUCUGGUGAAUCAUUUGUAAAACCACAAAAGUUGCAUUUAAUGAUGCUGAGUGCGGGGUGAAAGGCUGUACGAAUGUCAGUGAGUGUCCGAUAUAUAUGAUAGAGAGUGUGUUUGCGUGUGGAUAACUUUUUAUGAAGCAAACAGGCAUCAGAUAUUUUAUAUGUGAGUUUCCAAUCUCAGUUGAUCUGUAUAAAUGAACUAUCUUUUGUAUGGGGCAUCUGAAUGUUUCUUGUAAUUGUUAUACAUGUUGUUCCCACUAGAAUCUCUGUUCCGUUUUAGGUGCCCGACUAUUCUACCUCAUCUUAAAGUUUACUAAGCAAUAGUCCAAUGGUCUGUUUGCGUUGUCUUAGCUUGUAUGUCAACACCCAGAUCUAAUGUAUGUCAAAUCGAUUGUACAGAUUAUGAUUGUAUGGUGUGAUAUAAUGAUAAAAGAGUGAUGUUAUUUAAAUUUCCUGUUUCUUUUUUUAAAAUCUAAAGAUAUUAAAAGAUAAAAAUGUCUCGAUGUA